CUUACCUGUUUUAGACCUAGAUCUUCCUCAUUGUCAAAGUCAAACUCCACUCUUGUGACAGAAUUCCUUUUUGAAGGUUUCUCCAACUUUGGGAGGCAACACAGGCUUAUCUUCUUCACUGUCUUUCUAACAUUGUACUUGCUGACUCUCGCUGGCAAUGUCAUCAUUGUGACCAUCAUUCGCCUAGAUCGUCACCUUCAUAUCCCCAUGUACUUUUUCCUAAGCAUCCUGUCCUUCUCUGAGACCUGCUACACUGUGGCCAUCAUCCCCCAUAUGCUUGCUGGUCUCCUGAAUCCCUACCAGCUGAUUGCUAUCCAAAGCUGUGCUGCUCAGCUCUUCUUCUAUCUCACUUUUGGUAUCAACAACUGUUUCCUGCUCACGGUCAUGGGAUAUGAUCGUUAUGUGGCCAUCUGCAACCCCCUGUGAUAUUCAGUCAUCAUGGAUAAAGACACCUGUGUCCAGUUGGCGUGUGGGUCACUAGGAAUUGGCCUGGGCAUGGCCAUCAUCCAAGUAACAUCUGUAUUUGGCCUGCCUUUCUGCAAUGCCUUUGUCAUCUCCCACUUCUUCUGUGACGUGAGACCCCUGCUAAAACUGGCCUGCAGAGACACCACUGUCAAUGAGAUCAUCACCUUUGUUGUCAGUGUCUGUGUUCUUAUUCUACCCAUGGGCCUGGUCUUCAUCUCCUAUGUCCUCAUCAUCUCCACCAUCCUCAAGAUCACCUCAGCUGAGGGCCGGAAGAAGGCCUUUGCCACCUGUGCCUCCCACCUCACUGUGGUCAUCAUCCACUAUGGCUGUGCCUCCAUCAUCUACCUGAAGCCCAAGUCCCAGAGUUCCCCGGCCCAGGACAGGCUUAUCUCAGUGACAUAUACAGUCAUCACUCCCCUGCUGAACCCCGUGGUAUACAGCCUGAGGAACAAGGAGGUCAAGGAUGCACUGUGCAGAGCUGUGGGACGGAAGCCUCUCUGA